AUGACCGACAGGAUUGCCCCCUGGUCAGCUUUUUCUGGCCUCGAGACCGAUUCCUUGUUACACAAAGAUUCGUCCACUUGGAAAGAACAUCCGAAUUACGAAGCUUACGAGCAGAACAAAUAUCCCUGGCUGGCUCCGACCAAUAUCUUAUCCGUUAUGGUCCCGACAACAACUUUUCUGAAUCUGGAUCAGGCCUUUGCACAGGCGUGGGAGGCAGCGACGGCGGACUCAGAUGAUCUUUUAGACGAAUCUGCCACCACUCGAAGCGAAAGACACGAGCAUCUACAUCCAGUCUUCCGACCACCCAGAGGUCCGCUUCCUCAACGACCCAGACCUAUCUAUGUGCCCAACAACAUUGUAAUCCGGCGAGACAGUAACGGCGCACCACAGCUGUCCUUCAUCAACAGCGCGCCAAAUUGCCCGCGAACUGGAAGUUUUGUUGCUGAAGUCCCGAAACAGCAGCAAACACACUGUGCGGCAUACGCAGACUGUUGGAACGAUAAUCCGUAUUCACUGCCAGACCUCACACCGCCAGCCGCUACAUUCAUAGACGAAAAACGACUCAGGAUUGAACAGGAGUCACUGGAGCCAAUCUUUAAUCUUGACGAUUGCACCGCCACGGCGCAGGACCUGUCCACAUUGACCACUGCCCACCCUCUACCACGGGUUCAGGAGUCAUCAAGAUGGACGAACUGGCGACACAUGACUUACUACAUGAGGAUGUGGGCUCUUAUACUGCUGGCCAAUAUCAUCACAAUUAUCGUUCUGCUCUUGAGCACCGUCAACAACACCAGUAGCUUCGGAUAUCGCGAUGCAGCGACAGCGGUGGGAGCCAACCUUCUCCUGGCCACGUUGGCUCGACAUGAACAUUUCAUCAACAUGUUGUUCCGGAUGGCCUGUAUCCUGCCAAUAUCAACUCCACUUUGGAUUCGACGGCGAGCGGCCAAGGUGUAUAGCUACGGCGGCAUUCACUCCGGCUGCGGAAUCAGUGCAAUGCUUUGGUACAUCGUCUAUGCUACGCUGGCUACCUUUCAAUUCCAGGGCACACGGGCGGAGCAGACUGCUCUAGCCAUUACAACGACGUUGACGAUAGUACUGCUAGUCAUGAUCAUCGGCAUGGCCCAUCCUGCCGUGCGGAGAUGCUUCCACAAUCAGUGGGAAGUCACGCAUCGUUUCGGCGGUUGGACGGUCGUUUUACUCGUCUGGGCUCAGACAGUCAUCAUUAUUGUCGUCAACGCCCACCGCGCCUCUCAGCCGACAGUAACUGUUUUGUCGAAGACACCGACCUUCUACUUCCUCCUCAUCAUCACCGUCUUGAUCAUCUACCCAUGGCUUCGCCUCCGCCGUCGGACGAUCACCCACUCAGAGCGCCUCUCCAAUCACGCCCUACGCCUGCACUUCAACGAUCGACGUGUCUCACACUGUAUCGGCUACCGCCUUGCUACGAACCCCUUGCUCGAGAACCACGGCUUUGCUACCAUACCAAAUCCUACAAACUCCUCUGGCUCCGACGCAGACCCAAAGAAAGGCUACUCAAUCCUCAUCUCCAACGCCGGCGACUGGACCUCACGCCAGAUCAACGAUCCACCCAAGCACAUCUGGACCAAAGGUGCUCCCACUGUCGGCUUGAUGCGGGUGGCUUCCCUUUUCUCGCCUCUGGUGAUCCUGGCAACAGGCUCCGGCAUUGGACCGGCGCUCAGCUUCUUGCAGGCCAAACCAGAGUGGCAGGUUCGAGUGAUCUGGUCCGCACGCUCGCCGCUGAAGACUUACGGGUCUGACAUCCUAAACGCGGUUUUGAAGGCUGAUCCGAGGGCAAUCGUCGUCGAUACCGCACUUACGGGGCAUCCGGAUCUUGUGGCGCUUGCGUGGGCAGUGAAGGAGGAGAGUAGAGCCGAGGCGGUGAUGGUGGUGGCGAAUCCGAAGGUCACGAACACUGUGGUAGGCGGACUUGAGAAGAGAGGUGUGCCGGCGUAUGGGGCGCUUUUCGACUCUUGA